AGAUCAAAACUGAACCCACAGAAAUAAAAACUGAACCUACAGAAAUAAAAACUGAACCUGCAGAAAUAAAAAUUGAACCAACAGCAGAUGAAUAUGAAGACAAUCAUGAUGAUGGUCAUGCUUUUAUUCUCUCAGGUCAAAGGUUCAUUGUAGGCGUGGCUGUUUUGAAAAGCACAUAAUAUGGCGAAAUUAAGUGCUGCUGAAAAGCAAAGACUCUACAGGCAGCGCAGGGAUGCUGACCCAGACCGCAGAGCAGUCUACCUUAAACAGAAACACCAGACUUACUUAAAAGAUUUGGAGGGUCAAAAAAGAAAGAGAGUGAAGGAUCUCACAGAAAGGGAAAAAAGGCAGGAGCAAAGGAAAUGGCGGGUCAGACAGGCAAAACACAGAGAGAGAUUGAGAGCAGGAAAGACAGCGUUGACCCCCCAUCCAUUCCAGACAGUCAAGCCAGCAGCCAUAUCACCCUGUAGCCCAAGACAGCUUGCCCACUGAAGCUAAGCAGGGCUGAGCCUGGUCAGUACAUGGAUGGGAGACCACCUGGGAAAGCCAGGUUGCUGCUGGUAGAGGUGUUAGUGAGACCAGCAGGGGGUGCUCACCCUGUGGUCUGUGUGGGUCCCAACACCCCAGUAUAGUGAUGGGGACACUGUACUGUCAAAAAAGCACCGUCCUUCAGAUGAGACAUUAAACCGAGGUCCUGACUCUCUGAGGUCAUUAAAAAUCCCAGGAUGUCAUUUGAUAAAGAGUAGGGGUGUGCCCCGGCAUUCUGGCCAAACUUGCCCAUUGGCCUACUAAUCAUCCCCAUAUCUAGUAAUUGUCUAUAUCACUCUAUCUCCUCUCCACUAAUAAGCUGGUGUGUGGUGGGCGUUCUGGCGCAAUAUGGCUGCCGUCGCAUCAUCCAGGUGGAUGCUGCACAUUGGUGGUGGUUGAGGAGAAUCCCCCAUUCAUAUGUAAAGCGCUUUGAGUACUGAGAAAAGCGCUAUAUAAAUAUGUGAAGAAUGAAUUAUGUUUGGAUGGAGAAAUAACGUCCUCAACUCUUUCCUGCAUCACCGGUGGAGAGACACUGAGCUCACAGAGACAUGAGGGAAUACAAAGUCAUGAAACCCCUUUCUACUGCAGUGAAUGUGGCAAAUAUUACACCACCAAACGAAGUCUUACUGAUCAUAAAAGACUUCACACAGGAGAAAAACCAUACGAGUGUCCUCACUGUGAGAUGAGAUUCAGCCAAAAACCUUAUCUGAAGAAACACAUGCUUAUACACACCAAUGAGAGACCGUAUCAGUGCAGUGAAUGUGACAAAGCCUUUACAAAUAAAAGUUAUUUAAAAUUACACCAGAAAACACACACUGGAGAGAAACUCUAUCAGUGUUCACACUGUGAUAAAGGUUUUGGUUAUAAAUCUCAGCUGAUAGCCCAUGAGAGACUUCACACUGGAGAAAAACCUUUUGUCUGUAGUGUUUGUGCCAAGAGUUUCAGCGAACGUUCCAAUUUAGUGUCACACAUGAGAACUCAUUCAGGUGAAAAACCUUACAAAUGCUCUCACUGUGAGAAGAUGUUUACUAAGUCAGGUCACUUAAAAAUCCACGAGAGAGUUCACACUGGAGAGAAACCUUACCUCUGCUUUCAAUGUGGGAAGAGCUUCUCUUCUUCAAGUACUUUGACUCUUCAUGCGAGAGUUCACACUGGAGAAAAACCUCAUCAAUGUGGUGUUUGUGGAAAGAGUUUUAAAAAACCUGCCAAUUUAGUGUCGCACCAGAGAACUCAUACAGGUGAUAAACCUUACAAAUGCUCUCAGUGUGAGAAGACGUUUACUGAGUCAGGUUCCUUAAAAGCCCAUCAGAGAGUUCAUACUGGAGAGAAACCUUACCAGUGUGGUGUUUGUGAGAAGAGCUUUAAUCAACAUUACAAUUUAGUCUCACAUCAGAGAACUCAUACAGGUGAAAAACCUUACAAAUGCUCUCAUUGUGAGAAGACGUUUACUCAUUCAAGUUCCUUUAAAGCCCAUCAGAGAGUUCACACUGGAGAGAAACCUUACAUCUGCUCUCAGUGUGGGAAGAGCUUCUCUACUUCAAGUAAUUUGACUCUUCAUCUAAGAGUUCACACUGGAGAAAAACCUUAUCACUGCUCAAUCUGUGAGAAGAGCUUCACUGGUCUAAGUACUUUUAAAGUUCAUGAGAGACUUCACACUGGAGAGAAACCUCAUCAGUGUAAUAUUUGUGGAAAGAGUUUUAAUCAACAUGAACAUUUAGUGUCACAUCAGAGAACUCAUACAGGUGAAAAACCUUACAAAUGCUCUUAUUGUGAGAAGACUUUUACUCAUUCAAGUUCCUUUAAAGACCAUGAGAGAGUUCACACUGGAGAGAAACCUUACCACUGCUCGAUCUGUGGAGAGAGAUUUGCUUCUUCUAGAAGUCUCCAGAAUCAUCACAAGAAGAAACAUACUGAAGAACAAACUACAUUGAAAUAAUUGGUAUAUACUUAAAAAUCGAGGGGCAACCUUCCGAUCUCUCUGAUGAAGCCAAUACGGAAGUGACUUAAACUGCAAUUCAUCGACUGGCCGCUUGAGGCUGGCUCCAAAAGGGAGCCAAUUCCCAUAGACUUCCAUGUUAAAAAUGCCCAACUUUACAGUAGAAAAUAAUAUGUUUACAGCCUGGUACAAAAGAGUUUUUGGUCUAUAUAGCUAAUUUCAAUAGCUCUUCAUGACAACUGUGAGGGGGGUGAAUGUCUACCUAGCACUAGACUCGUGCUAGGUGGGCGUGGUUUCAGCAUCCAGCCACCUCAGCUUCACCCAUGUCCCGCCUCUUUACCCAUUUUCGGUUUUCCGCGAGUGAUUCGCGGUGACGCGCGACCAAAAUGGCAACGGCAGGCAAUAGGUGUGUUUUCGAGAUCAUCCGGCGCU